AUGAAUCAAAUUGUCUACCUUAACCUGCAGAUUGUUGAGGACAUAAGAGUUCUCUUAUCAAUACUACAGCAAAACCAUGGCCAAUUAAAACUUUUCUCAUGUCGAGCUACGAAUGAGAGCUUGCAUUCCAUCAAUGAAGUACCAAAAAUGAUUAUGUACUAUCUGAGGGACCGACUAGAGAUGUAUAAAAUUGAAAUAUUUAUUGCAGAUAGUGAUUUCAAAAUCAAGCAUAACUAUUUGCCAGUAUUCAUAACGUGUUACAAUUAUUUGCUAUUGAAUACGAAUUUUUCCUCACAGUAUCUUCUCAGAAAAGAUACGAGAUUUGGCCAUGUAAUCGGUAUAUGGCCUACUCUAUCACCUUAUCUCUUCAUACAGAUAAUAUGGUACUCGCGGUGCGAGGAUUUGCUGAUUGAAUCGCUCGUGCACAUACCAUUGGAUUUAUGCGUGGAGAUCUUACAACUAACGAUCAAACAUAUAGAUGGAUUGGCAAUUUCACGAGCCAAACGCCUUAUUCUCCUUCUAAUCUACAAAGUAUACUAUAAAUGCUUGUGGUUGCAUUUAGGCACUAUAUCAAUAAAAAAUGUGAUGAAUUGUGUUCACCAAUUAAUAGCGUAUUUUGAAAUAUUGUUAAAUUUGCUUGUCCUUAAGUUUAUCAAUUCUCAUAAUUUAUCUAUUGAAAACAAAUACUUGCAACACGGUAUUUUAGUGAAGAACAUACUUAAGUGUAUCAAAAAGUGCAUAAGUAGCAAAAUUAAAAAUUAUUUGGAAAACUAUAAUGAUCGAGCAAUGCUGUUCAGGCUCACAUACGGCAAUGAACAUAUAAAUUGUUAUCACUUACUUCCUCCGAACGAGGUAAAAUCCAUUAUAAUAACAUUAGAUCAGAAAUUGAUCACUCUACUCCUGAAUCAAAUCAAGCACGUUGACUCUUUCGAGUAUGCAAUCUGGAGAAACAUCGUUGAUGAUGAGAACACUAUGAUUUCACUACAUCGUGCUAUCAUAAUUGAAUGUCACUAUCUUAGAGAAUUUAUGAAACAGAAUAAUUUUUUGAUGAAAUAUGAGCAAUUGUUCCUUUGCCUGGAACAACUUAUAGGGCCAAUGAAAUCCGAGGAAUCUAUUUUAACUCUUCAAGAACUUUACCAUGACAUUGCCAAAGGCAAGUUGCAUGGUAUAAAGGAACUGAUUAAACGCUAUAAAGAGUGGGACCUGUAUACAUUAGAUUUUAUCAGACAGAGAGUAAAAUAUUUGGAUCUUAAUGAUUUUUAUGUUGUACUCGAAUAUCUCUAUUAUAAAUUCGCAUAUCUGCAUACUAAAACAGAAAAAUACCGGAUAUACAUAUCGGUACUGAAAAUAUUGAUCUAUUUAAAGGAGCACGAUUUGCACAGAGUUAUAUUACAAUACAUGGAGCGACAUUUCGACGAUAAUUGUCUAGAAUAUCUGUAUAAUGAAAAGUCCUUUGACACAUUCUUACAACAAAAUUUACUUGUUGGUGAAUUCAAUAAUUCACGAUCAAUGAUGAAUACUCAGAAAUGCCAUGCCCUCUUGAUCUUUAUUCUAUUAAACCCAAAGGAUGUAUUAAGCAAUUACAACUUAAAAAAAGAUCAAUCAAACGUGCUGAUGUACAUUCUGAAAAAUAUAGUUUUACAGCAACGCAGGGCAUGGCAUACAAAUUUUAGAACAUUUAUGAAUAAAGUAUUGGAUUAUCAGAUAGUGACUGUGGAUGAUGUAAUAAACGAACUUUAUAUCCCUUAUCUGACAAAUAGCUAUUUUGAAGAGUUCAACAUGCGUACUAUAUUAUUACAUAUACAUAACAUCGUGGAAAAAAAAAUCUACACACAUAGAACUAAUUUCACACACUUAAUAGUAAUAUUAAUCACGAAGGCAUCACUGCUAAGGAAAUUUAAUUCAAUUUUUUCAAAAUUCGUAAUAUACAAACUUGGAGUAAAACUUGUAAAUAACAUAAUCACUGAUCUACUAUACUUUCCGAAUGCACCGCUAAAUGUGGAUUACAAAACAAUACGCUUAAGUAGCUGUCAUUUAGAACCACUCGAUAUAAAAAAAACGCAACCUAUGAUGAAUACACUGAAAAUAAUCCAGGAAUAUGAGAGACGUUGCCUCUUUGUGCAUCGACGACUGCGCACAGAUCCACGAUGCCAUCCCAAGUUGCGCAGUUAUGUGCAAUCUUUCAAGCUCGAUCGAGAGGCUUUUAUACGUCACAUGAUGUUGCAUUGCUUCGAGAAGGAGUACAUAGUAGUUGCGAACGAAAUGACAUUCAUAUACUGGUAUGAAUUUGGUUGGACCGACGAAAUGAUGGCAUACGAAAACAUAAUGCGUAUCACUGCCGAUGCAUCGCAAGUCGCUUUGAUGUAUUUAGACACAUUUCCCAAGCACACUUUUAUAAUGCUGCUAUACGCAAUCGUAAAGUUUGCUAGAAGUGUUACAAGGAACAUGACAAGCGACAACCACAAAACGAUUUGCUAUAACCUGCUGAGGACUCUGUCUUCCAUAAAUACUAUUGUCAGCAAAACAUAUUAUGGAAAAAUGUACGAUCUUUGGCUUAAACGCAUUCAAAAUAUAGAUCCACAAUUGAAAGCAGAAAUAUAUUUUAGUGAGAUUCACAAAUGGAUGUACAAUAUUUUUGAAUACGAUUUUGAGACAAUGCCUCUCGCACACAAAAAAUGCGUUCAGCAGACUGAACUGUUGCGGAGCGGAUCAGUAAGCGCAUGCUGCUAUUGGUGUAUUCUUUUAGAUCACCCAAUGACACCAAGCGCUCACGGAUCCGCUCCGCAAUACUUGAAUCAGCUGAACGCAACCAAUAAUGCUCAUUUUUAA